AGGAACUGGAGGAGGUGUCUGGGGAGAGGGACGUCUGGGCGUCUCUGCUGAGUCUGCUGCCCCCACGACCCGGUCCCGGAUGAAGCGGAGAACAUUUAUUUAACUGGGGGCGGGGGGGCAUAGAGUCUUGUUGUCAGAGCUGAAAGCAGAGCAAGAACCUCUCUGCUGGGAACUGGACCCAGACUACAAACAGAAGCGCUUCUGGUUCAGGAAGGAUCUGCUUAGAUCUUAAGAUGGAUAAUUUCAAGUCGUUCUGAUGUCAUUAGCUGUUCCUCACACAUAAUUGUGAACUUGUGUGAUUUCACCUCGUGACAUGCUUCUCCAUCAUGCCGGACAACCCACUGAUCAUCACCAAAUUGUUUCUGGAUUGUAGGAAGAAGUUGAACUUGAAAGAUGUUUUCUUCUCACUCUUUAUUCAUGGAUGUGGUCAUGGAGCAGAACUGGGGGGAAGCCCACUCAUUUGGAGGAGAAGUCCCCCCACUCAGGGGUUGGAUCAGGAAGCUUCACUGCAGAGAUACCACAUGGGACUAAUGGUGGUCCUCACCUGUUCUUCUGCAGAUUUUCUAAAGAAUCAGGAGGAGAAUUAAUCAGAGGAAAGAUGUUUUCCUCCGUCUUCUGCUGUUGUUGGACAGAAGCUGCUUCUUUGCUGCCCAACUCGUCGUUUAAGAGCUUUCUGUAAGUCAUUGUGUGUGGAGAUGCAAUCAAACCCACCUGCUGCCAGCGCUGAGCAAGCUCUGCACUGGCAGCAGAGCGAACUUCUUAGGAGGAGUCUGUCCUGGUGUUUACUGGAAGCUUCUUCACUGCAACUGGACCUCUAAUGUAGACGUUCUGAUGAUCCAGCAGCUGUUUCUUUUAGGUGAGGCUGUUUUGGUGGAUUUGAAAAGGUCAAUGAUUUCAUCACAUCUGUCCCUCUUUUAUAGAAAUCAGUCUGCUAAUUAGAUUGAUGGUGCUUUCUCUUGUGUGGAAAAAUAGUUGCAUUUCCAGACUUCUCCAUUUCCAUACAGGUUUGCAUAUUAUGUGUCCAUCCAUCCAGCUUUAGAUCUUUAUUUAUAGCGUUCACAAAAGCUACAUGAGAUGAGACGUCCAUUAUUUGCUGUCUGCCCGUCCUUGCAGUGUUUCUAGAAGCCUUUAUGUUUAAAUGUCUUAACUUUCCAGAACUCUCUCAGAACUUUCCAGAAUUCUCUAAAAAAUGACAGAACUCAGUUUUGACCUAUAAAAUGUGCAGGAACCGAAGGGAAACCUCUUGAAUCUAAUAGUGCUCUGUAAUAGAACCUGUUUGGAAUGGGUUUCAGCCUUCAUGGUGUAAAUAACCCUCCAUUACUUUCCUGAACACAGUCACAGUCUGUGGGACAGAAGGACUCUUCAGAUUGCUGAAAUAUCUCAAUGACUUCCAGAAACCCGUGGAUUUAUGAUCGUAAUAUGUUCUCCAUUUAAUUAUUCAUGUUUUAGAUUCUCCUCUGUCUUCUUGUUGAUGUUUAGAUGUCUGAUCUGCCCCUCCUGAUGAUGAUGAUGAUGAUGACAGCAUCUGUGCGGCAGCAGGUGACUCCUUUAAGACCAGGAGGAAGAGGAGAAAUGCAGCAGGUUGCCACGUUUCACCACAUUAAAUAUUCUCUGGCAGACUGACUGACCUGGAGCAUCCUCUUCCUCCUGGUCCUGAUGCUGCUGCUGGGAUCAGGAGGCAGCUUAUUCCUCCUACAGCCGGUUUCAGUCAGAGUACAUCUGUUUGCCUCUGGAAACUCGUCUCCUCCAUCAUAUUAAUGGGAUGAUAAUGUGAUUGAUUGGUCCUUUCCACUGAGAAAUGCUCUUUGCUGCUUCCUGAGAGCUCAGAGUUCUUCACUGAACUUACAGCUGACUUGGGGAGGGUUUUUCUUCUGCUUCUCAGCAGGGUGAGGAGGAGCCGGACAUAUCAGGAGACUUCAUUCAGAUUUUUAUUUUCCAGCUUCUGCUCUGAGGAAGAGGAGUGGGAGGACGGGGGUCUGAUCCACGGAGGAACAUGGAGCUGCUCCGCUGCUCUCUGGAGCGCAUCAGGCGGUCCCAGCAUCAGGAGCUUCCGGCUGCUGAUGUGCAGCUCUGCGAGCGGACCGCGCUGUAGGUUCGGCUUUAGGAGAACCGAACCGAGGAGGCAUUCAUCACGUCCCUGCGUCGUAGUGGAGGUGGAUCCUGUGUGAGCCUAAGUGGAGAGGCAUCUAUGCAAUUUUAUUUUGACUUUGCAUUUUAUUAUGAACGCAGAGGAGGGAGAUGCGGGACCGGCAUGCGGGGAGGCGAAGGCAGCUCCGACCUUUAACCAACGCCACACCUGGGAGGAGAGCGGGUCGCUCGGCUCCCAAGGACGUCCGCAGCCCGACGGUCAGAAGGAACCGCAGUCAGGAGAGGAGGUAGAGGGCCGUGCAUGUGUGGCUGACGCCGAGAAAUUCAGCGAGGAGGACAACGGAGGGAAUACUUCCAGCGAGGAGGGGGCGGUGGGGGGCAGGUCUGACAAAGAGCAGGCGAUGCAUUCAACCUGCAGCAGCGAAACAUGCAUCCCAACUCCGAGCUGCAGGAUCUGCUUCCAGGGUGCAGAACAGGGCGACUUGUUGAACCCGUGCCGGUGUGACGGCUCGGUCCGCUACACUCAUCAGCAGUGUCUGCUGAAGUGGAUCAGCGAGCGAGGCUGCUGGACCUGCGAGCUUUGCUGCUACCGAUUCCAGGUCAUCGCCAUCAACAUGAAGAGACCGUGGCAGUGGCAGUCCAUCACCAUCACCCUGGUGGAGAAGGUGCAGAUCAUCGCCGUGUUCCUGGGCUCCCUCUUCCUGGUGGCCAGCAUCUCCUGGCUGCUCUGGUCGGCUCUCAGCCCGCAGGCCAUCUGGCAGCGCCGAGACGUCCUCUUCCAGAUCUGCUACGGCAUGUAUGGCUUCAUGGAUCUAGUCUGCGUAGGCCUGAUUGUCCAUGAGGGGGCAGCAGUGUACAACGUCUUCAUGCGCUGGCGAGCGGUGAACCUCCACUGGGACGUUCAGAGUUACAACAAGGCCAAGGAUAUGGAGGAGACGAGCACCGGUCACUCCUCGCUGGGCCCCAGGACGCUUUGGUUGCCUCUGGCCACCUUGGGGCCCAGCGGGCCCCUGCAUCCAACCCAACUCGGGUCACGGCCGUGGACCUGCCUCUGUCUGGCCCCCUUCUGCCCUGGGCUGGUGCCUCGAAAUAACCUCAGCCAGGAUGCCGACUCAGGAGAGGUCGUCAUUCGUGUAACGUCAGUUUGAAGCAGAGCUAAAACUUGGGACAGGUCACACUUUACAGUCUGGAAGUUCAUGCAGUUACUCUUUGUUGCAGCUUCUCUGGUUGGCACAUGUGUUUUAGAUAAGUUGGGGUUAUUUAUUCUCUCUGGGGCCGGUCCCCAAACCAAUCUCAAUGAAAUAUUCCUCUGGUGUCUUUGUUUCUGCAGCUGUGUCAGACAUAAAGAUGGAUGUAGAGGAAGGGGUUGGCACUGUGACUGUUUACCUAUCAUCCAUUAUGAACAGUUUACAUCUUAGCUUAUAUAAGCCCAAACUAUAAUGUCAUAACUGGAUUCUCUGGUACUUCAGGGUGUUUUCAGUGCUGCAUCAGGAAGCUUUCAGCUUAGGUGAAUUUCUCUUUGAAAUCAGUCACCUUUUUAAGGUCCAAACUUAAUCUGGUUUUAGUUUUCCUUGAUGUUAUUGGGACAAGCAGCCAAGCAGCUCCCAAAGUCAUGUUGAUGCAUUAAGAUUUGAAUAAAAACACACAAAGAAAGUGAAAAAUCUGAAAAGUUCCAGGAUCGUUACCGUCUUUAGUGCCAAGAAGUUGUCAGUGAGGAAUUUGUUGGAGCAUAUUCAGACUUUAAGCACUGUGAGCUAAAGAGGACGUUGUUACAGACCAGAAACUGAUCGUUUUUGCUUCUGCCAGUUUUCUCUGAGGACAUUUCAACCUCUUUCAGUUCUUAGGUUUCACCUAUGAGGACAUAAUAAAAACCUUUCUUUAGCUCUUUGAGGAUCGCAGAAAUUUGAUUUCGGGGACACAUUCUAAACACAAAUACAUUUCUUAUAUCUAUAUAGUAAUGUUAAAUAAAAGUACAACUUGAGUGGUUUAAAUUGUAAACGUAAAAUGUGUUUCUUAAUUAUUGAAAGAUCCUGACCCCCCCAUUCCACCAAGUGGUUUGGUCCACAGGCCGUUUCCAAUGGGUGGGGCCACCGGUUUCAUUGAGCAUAGGCUCACCUGAUGAAGAAAGUGCACCAAUGUAUAGAACCAGUAAGUCAUUAAUCACCGCAGUGGUUCAACGAGAACAAGGUUGGAACAUGAAAAGUGACAUUUGUCCAAAAUCAGCCUCUUUUUUUAUCAGCUUGCUUUUUAAGUGAGAGGAGAUCAGAUUUUUUUAUGGAGAGAUCCGGAUUAUGAAAUGUAGUCUAUAUAAAUAUUUUUAAUUUAAGUUCUUUUUGUAGGCUAGUAGUUAUCAUAUGACUUAGAUGUUUGAUUUGACAGAUAUCUAAUUUCUUUCAAAAAUUGUUCAGUUUUAUUUGGUAAAAAACCUGAUAAAAAACAUUGUUCCUCUUCUUUGGGAAACAAUAAAUAUUUUAUUUUUAUGUAAUAUUUUUAUUAAUUAUGAAUAUAAGUUGUUUUCGUUCUGUAGUGGGUGUAUGCUGAUGACAAUACCCCUGUGUGUGUGUGUGUGUGUGUGUGUGUCUAUUUGUCAGCCAACCAGGUCAGUUGAAAUGGCAGAGUAAAGAAAAAUGACAGACAUCUGGUCAUGUUUUAGUGACACUACAGUAAAUUUAUACUUUUGAAGAGUAGUUUGAUGUUGUUGGAUUAUUCUUGAAUGUAUUUCCUUUAUAUUUUUGGAACUUUAAUUUCUUGUGAAGCUACUUUGAUGGACUAUAGUGGAAAUUAGAGCAGGGUGCAAUUAAACUAUGUUAGAUGUAGUCACAAAGCUGUAAUAUAUCCACCUUCCACCUAAUACCAUUGCUGGUUGAGCAUAGAAAAACCUGAAUACAGAUAAAAUAUGGACUAAUAAAGAACAAUGCUGUAACUACCAUUUUUACUUUUUAUAACAAUAUUUAACAUGCUGAGGGCUCAACCCUACAAGGAAAGUCACAAAUGAGCAGGAGAGAAGGAGAGAGCUUUGUUUCUAUAUCCCCCCCCCCCAGGAAUUACUCUCUGAAACUUUCCUUUUUAUUGCCCCCCUCAAAAAUCAAAAGGGACUUGUGCCCCUGAUUUCAGUCAUGUUGAGGGAUGGACUUUGACUAGGCCAUCACCACACCUUGAUUGUUGCUAUUUGGGAUUAUUGUCCUGUUGAUGAUCCAGUUUGAGCCCACCUUCAGCUGUCAGAUGACCUUCAAUCUUGAAUACAUUGUUACACAGAGGAAGUCAUGGUUGACUAAAUGAAUGCAACAAUCCCAAUUCAUCAUCCCUCCUCCACCGUGUUCAGUAGUUGGGUUGAGAUGUUUGUGCAGAUAUUCUGUGGGGUUUUUUUUUGCAUUAUGGCCAAGCAUCACUACCUUGGUCUCAUCUGUCUCAACAACAUUGUUGUAGAAGUGUUGAGGUUCAAUCAGAUCCAGCCAUGUUCUUUGUAGAGAAAAGUCUUUCUCCUCCAUCCCGUCCAAACAAGCCACACGUAUCUAGUAUUUUUCUAACUGUCCUUUCAUGAACUUUAACCUGCUGACUGAGGCCAGUAGAGCCUAAGGUGGAGUUCUGGAUUUUUCCAUUUCUCUUAGCAUUGCACGUUCUGACCUUGUCCACUCCUGGGAAGAUUAACAGUUGCCUUAAAUUUUUUAUCUACUGAAUAAUCUUUCUCUGUCGAAUGGUGGACCUGAAAUAGUUGGAAAAUGACCUUGUCGCUGCUACUUUCCAAUGGAAAUCCUUUGGAAGCAGCAAGGAUGCUUUUCCACUUUGGCUUCAUAUUUCUCUGGCUUCUUAUUAUGUCCUGAUACAGAAAAUGUGAGGAUUGAAAGAGGAUUUACUUUAACUCUCUCUUCCCUCUGCCACAUACCUGAACACCAAAAACAAGUUCUAAAACCAUCUUAGUAAUGAUGUUCUACAUGGAAGCAAUGAUAACGAACACAUUUUAGAUGUGAGGGUCUUUCAACAUUUAGUUUUUCUUUUUAUAAAUCCUAGAAGACAGUUCAUGUUGGAAACAAGACUGCAUCUCAUCAGCGCCAUACUGACGAUGGCCACUAGAGGCAGGAUUAAAAACACCUUUAUGAUUGAACUGGGUCAGGGUCUUCCAGACAUGUUUGUCUAAUCGGGCGGUCCCAUUUAAAUCUGUUUAUGGUUUCCAUCUAUAUCUUCUUGUCCAGAUGUGAUCACCUGUGGCUUCCUGUGAAGUUUGAGCACAACUUGACGUUUUAUUAUACAGCCUCGGUCAAUUAGAUCUCCUCAGUUCCAGCCAACCCUCCACUCAGAGAGAUCAACUGGUGUUUAUGUUCUUUGUAAAAAUGACAAACUAUCUGAUUGUGGUUCAGGUUUUAUACAGAUAUAAAACAUGAAACAAGGUUCAGAAACCAAGAUUGUUUUAAAUGAGCACAAUCUGACGUCGGAAUUGUAUUGAUUUUAAUUUAUAAUGCACCAGGUAAUUUAUGAAUCAUUGUUAUGUGUUUUUGUUCAUUUGCUGGAAUAUGUUGCUAUAGUAACCUUCAUUUAACAUUAAAGUGUUUGCUGUGGAAAAAAGGAUAAAUUGGGAUAAAUGAGAUGUUUGGGAAUACUCUUCUGUUGAGCUUCCAGGAAGCUGCUGGAUUUUUGGUUCUGCGGAUCUUAAGGAUUUAACCUGUUUUGGGUCAUUUUGGUUUUUUUGGUGCCUUAAGAGGCUGAAUAUCAACGUCUCAUUGUGCAGCACAGAUAUGACUUGAAUGUGACUAUUUGUUUCCUUUCUAUGUAACAGCUGUAAUGUAUAAAGAAUGUUUGUACA